CUUGCACAGCUUCGCCUGGAUCGUUUUCAACUCCAAAGAGGUUGGACCUUUAUAUUGGGGAAUGGGCAGGUGAGUUCUGGUAGGAGCAUGCGUGUCGCGUGACAAGAAGCGUACGUUCACAGUGUGAGCUGGGAGAGUGGGAAGAGAAGUUUAACGUUCAGUCUCAGGAUGGCACUGGCUGAGCAGUCUCCCGUGAAUGCUGCACUCGGCUCUACAGAUUUAGGAGGAAAGUCGGGCAGACGUACCCCUGGCUUCUGCUGCCUAGAUACGGCACAGUUAUCAUCCAACCACAGAUCGCCACGACAAACUGCUCGAAGGUGGAUUCUUGCGUCUCGAGAAGACCAUUCGUUUCCUGCCCCCACAUCGUCGUUCAGCCUCCAUGGUCUCCGAUCUGAGUACAGUCUUGCAGCGCCAAGCUAUCGACGACAAUGGAGUCCACAGCAACGUCUCAGAUUGAGGAAGAAAUCGUGCGCCUCAAGCGCGAGGUCGUGCUCGAUGGGACACAGGGACACUCGUGCGAGCAAUGCCAGCAAAUAACAAUAUCGCAUAUCCCUGAGCAAAGAGUCGCCUUGGGAGAGAAAUACGAGCCCUCGUACCUCCUCGAUACGACCGUGGCAGAAGUCGAGUCGCUCGCAGCAUCUGGGUGCAACUUCUGGACCAUGAUCUCGAACAAGGUCGAACUGAUCGGCCUGGAAGCAGAUGUGAAGCGGGAAUCCAAGAAUGUUCCUUUUGACAGUAAAAAGCACCGGUCUUGGUGGUCGGAUGAGCACAUGAAGGAUCUCGCUGCGUCCCUGGGAGGGGACGAGGAGAAGCGGUUCUGGCACCUCAAGAACAGCCCUGUGUACUGGGGGUUUGAGGGGGGAGCCGCCUUCCGCGCCGUGCCCCCCGCAAUGCACAAAGACUCCGUUCGGGUGGCUGUGAGAUACGAUUCUGCAAACGACUUUACCGACAGAGCUGUCGCGGCUGAGGUCGCUGUGGCCAUGCUCGAACAGUCGGGGAAUAACGUUGGCUUCGGAAUCGUUACACAUGUGACGCAUUUCUGGGUCCUGGCGAGUCCAGGUACACUUGCAGACUCGGCGAAAACGUGUGUAGGAAUGCCGAUCAACUCGCGUCCGGAUAGCUCUAGUUCGAUGGAGUUGUACCGGCUCUGGCUACAGAGAUGUAGUGUCACUCAUGGAUGUGGAUUCGAUGACCCGCCGGGGUCAAUGCCAUCACUAGCUCUCGACGUAUCCGAUAGAACCCGUGUCAAGCUAUUCCAAAUCCCUGCCGAUCUGAGAGAGCGCUACGUUGCGCUGUCAUACUGCUGGGGAACAGAUGUACAGGCAUUCAUGUUGACGCAGAGCAAAAAAGACGAACUUGUUCACGGAGUCAACCCAGAGCAUCUGGAUGCCACCAUCAGAGACGCUGUCACGGUUGCGCGGGAGAUGGGAUUUCGGCCACUGUGGGUCGACGCGCUUUGCAUAGUCCAAGACGACGAGCAGUGGAAAGCACGAGAACUGGGAAUCAUGGGCCAGAUCUACCGCAACGCGACGUUGACCAUCGUAGUAUCUGCUGCCAAGAGUGUCACGGAGGGAUUUCUGAAUCGCGGAUCCAUGACGCCAGACGGCGUCGGUCUUGUCAACGGACAUCCCCAACCGGUAUUCAAACUCCGCUCCGAAGACGCCAGCAGCACGGGCGAGAGUACCUCGUUUGUGCUUAGACUGCGUGAUCUGGACACGAUAGAGCCGUGGUACGAACGGGGAUGGACACUGCAGGAGAUGAUAUUCUCUCGACGCCGGCUCCAGUUCCGCAGCAAACAGACAACGUGGCUAUGCCACUGCGCGGAGCCACUAGACUACGACUGCGAUGGCUGGCUGGCUGGCAAUGGCCACAACUACGCAGCGUACUCCGAUGCGGACUUCGUCGCCACCAUGUCCAUGCUGCGAAGCGAAAACCGCUCUGCUGAGACCAGCAGCGUGCUGUCGAACUGGUAUGACCUCAUCGAGGCAUACUCCUCCCGCACACUGCGUUACUCGAAAGACAGACUACCUGCUAUAUCUGCGAUAGCGAAGGAGUUUGCAUCGAUCUUGGGGACAACAUACAUGUGUGGCUUGUGGAAGUCGGACUUGAUCAUCGGGCUGAUGUGGUUUCCGAUCAAAACCAGACAUGCCGUGUCCAGUGUCAAGCAUGGACCGUCCUGGAGCUGGGCAUCCUACCAAGGCGCAGCAACAUGGUGGUCUCACAAGCGUGAUCUGUGGCUCCCCAAUGACGAGGUCGAGGUCACUGGUGACGUGACUGAGCUGACAAUGCCGGGCGAGUUGUUUGGCGAGGUGAAAUCCUCUGAGAUCAGAAUCCGGGGCUUACUGCUACUGAUUCCGAUGCCUGCACGCAACGAAUACAACGCCGCGGAGUGCGACUUACAGCAGCACCGAGUCGUAAUUGAGUUUGACUACGGAGAUGACCCCAGAGUCCAGCCGCGCUCUGAGCACAAGCUUGGCUUGCUGUUGCUUGUCAACCUUGGUUUCCAAGGGGCUGAAGUCAUUGUUGUGUUGGAAGAAGGUAGAGAUCGAUACUCUCGCGCAGGAUGGUUUGGGAUCGAAGAUGUCUGGCUAACGCCUCAAGAUGGGUGGAUUGAUAGGCGUAAUAGAGCAAUCAAGACGCAAGAGGAACUCCGGAUACAGCUACGAAGUAUCUUGGGUGGCGAGCAGAGUAUGCGAGAGAUCGUGCUUAUCUAA